AUGAUAUCGGCGAUGGCUACAUCCUACGCCAUUCAUCAUGUUGUACUUCCACCGAAGCUACCGCAACAAGACGACCGUAACACCGAGCACGAACUGGCUCUGCUCAAAAUUGUCAUUCAGGCACUCGAAUCUUUGAGGCACCACGUCAAACACGAACACGUCGGGUCUAUCACGGCUGCUAUUGCAACAGUCGAGAACCUCCGAACCUGUCGCGACCAUCACGGCAAUAACAGCGAACUCCAAGUACGAGAAGUUCUCACCAAGGUUGCAAACGAUACUACUGGCGCCGUACCGCUCGAGAUCAAAGAACAGAAUGCCGGAAUUCUGGUCAGCCAUUCUUCGAACAGCUUGAACUUUGAGUUCUUUGAGCUAUCGCCGACGAAUACGGCGGCCAUGUCUCAAGGGCGACUUGUGCGAGAUUUUCCAGGCUACGCUUCGAAGAUACCGACUGCAAACAUCAACCCUGAUCUUGUCGAAUCGAUCUCCAGGACUAUAGCUACUAUGUCGACUCAGACGGCUCCAGGCUUUCAACCUCAGGUUAGAAAGAACAACAAGACGAUGAGCGAAGAGCGCGACACAACCCAUCCAGGUAUGGUUACAGACUUCUUCAUGAAUAUCAUCACUGCUCUCGGCGAGUCGACGGACGUACAGCGCAUCACAAAGCAUACCCGCGAGGAGGUUCUCUGGAGCAACUGCCUAUCACCAUGGCGACGGUCUCCAUUGUGGCUCCUGCUACGUGUAUCACUCCAGCUGCUCUUCGCUCGCUCGGCGCCUGAUGCCCUACACGUGGAUGGCCUCUAUAAAGCCUUCAUGGUUUUCAUGGUAGCACAACUACUCGACCUGGCUAAGCAAAACGUGAAAGAUAUGGGCAGUGAGACUAUUCAGCUCGUCCUGGCUAAGUUGACGCGGCGAUUGCGCAAGUUCGAGCUUCUCAAGCAGACAGAAUACCUGCAGCCGGGCUGGAUGUUGCACAUCCAGGACAGGAUGAACGGCGGCCACACACUCAUCGAAGAGAACUGGAAGGCUCAGAUCGGCAACCCUCAAGGCAACAUAAACUUCAGCGCUAUCGCAAAGCUCAAGCCUAAAGCCGAUGUUGACAUAGAACUGUCAGGCUUGGACGUCUUCCUGUCAAGCAUCAAAGCCCGGCAGCGAGAAGUCUCACUAUCUACGUUUACGCCUACCUCAAAGUAUCCGUCUUACGAAGCCACUCAGCUACCGAAUAACGUCAAAUCCGCCUAUUCGAAUGAAGACAAAUACUUUCGCUUGACUGCUGUCGAGACGUGGGUUGAGUACCGUCUUACCGAUUGGACCAGGUCUCAUCUUCACGAUGAAGAUGCUUGUGGAAGACUGCGUACAAUCAUGACCGAGUACUAUGGGAUCGCUAGCGAGGCCUACUCUGGAGCGCCUAUCGGUAUGUCCAUCAUGUAUCUGACACUUACUGAGCUUUGGAUCGCAUGCGAUAAGAUUGCCUGCACGAUCUAUCCUCUGUUGUUAGCGUACGAUCCUGAGGUUGAUCUGAAGGAGUUUCAGUGCCUCACACUACCUCUGAAAACCCAUCUGAACCGUCUGAACGUCGCAGAGUGCUACGUAAAGUCGCGGCGUGCCGAAGCUUUGAAGAGGCCAUCUGUCUACCGAGAUUUUGGACACUCGUCGUCGUUCGCUGUGAGGUACUUUGAUCAACAAGAGUACCUCCAGGCGAUCUUGUCUAAGAUCGAGGCCGACGCGGCCGCCAAGCGCCAGGAGAAGUGUGAGGAGCUCGCGAGGCUCAAACGUGAGUAUCAACAGUACAUGGGCCGCUACAACAGCCUUCAAUGUGAAUACAGAACGGAGGUCUACAAUUGGAGGCUUGGCUACACACAUCAAGUACACUCAUGGAGCUGCGGCAGAUGUGCAGCAAAAAGCCACGCAGAUGGACUUACUAUUGGAAUCUUCGAAUGGCCGGUCUCACCCCGUAUACAUGAAGCAAAAGCUACAGUGUUUGAGUUAGUGGUGCCGGAUUCUUACAGCAACUGGCGCGACGCCUCAGCGUUCUUCAUCACUACGGUUCUCGGAUACAAAGAUGCAAAAGAAUCGAGGCCAUCAAAAUCCUACACGCUCGACAACCACCACGGUUUGUCCCAUCUGCUAUCUGCUCGGUAUUCUAAGCGACGAAUCGUUCCGCUUUCGGACAUCAAGAGCCACACCGUUACCCACAGGAAGCAGAAGAAAGCUAUUCCUCACUUGACUGACGACGACGUGUGCUUGCAAAACGCAUUGAGAUACGCCUACUACGACACCUCGACUCGUACCUUCAGCACAAGCAUACCAGGUUGCACUUUGGAAGUCCCAACGAAGUGUAAAUACCCGAUGCCGAAGCGAUCUAAGGCUCUUGAACGAUUCAUGUGUCGACCCCCUUCUUCGCCCGAUGGUCUGCCGGUCAAUGAAGUUAUUGCCAGCUUGUUCGACUGCCCCGCUCAUUUCUCGAUCGACGAAUACAAGGCCCUGGGUGCGCUACCUCUUGGGCACAACAUCAUCUAUUCAAACAUCCUUGCUCAGCUCGCAAUUCCUUCGGUUGACUGGACGAAAGUCGAGACACAAUGCAUCGUUCUCCAGAGUAUACAGCAGACUGGCCUGUCAGACCAAAGUAUCGAACGUUCCAGUCACUCUAUCCUUGGGAAAUCGUCCUUUGGCCAUGCUAUGCUUGAGCAGCUUGAGACCAACCUGGAUCGUAUCCGAGAGAAUUGGGAGUCGUGGCGGGCUGCCGCAACAUUUUCUCUACUCGCCCGACGAGUAUUGAGCCUGACAUCAUCCUUAGACGUUCGUUCUCGCGCAUUCAACUACCUCGAAAGUUUGCGAAACGUCUGUUUGAGAUGGCUACGACGGCUAAAGCAGCGAGUCUCUACUUCAACGGACGACGGUCAGCGUACAGAGCUUUAUAGUCGUGCUACAGAAGUGGCGUUGUUGUGCACCUCGACCUACGGCGUAGAGGAAGCUGACUUCAAAGCUAUUCUCCAGCAAGGCUCGGCAGUCUCGAUACUGGUCCAAUCAUCAAUAGUAGUGCAGGAGCACUGUGAGUCCAUGCAAUCGGACUUUCCCGAACUCUUCAGCAUCACACUGCAGUCAUGGAAAUCUUUAAUGUUCCGCAUCCUUCCAACCCUGCGAAAACGCAUUCUCGCGAACGACAGCGGUCUUUCUGAUGCCAUAAAAGCCAAUUGGGCCGCUUUCGAAUCUACUUCCAGUAAUUCCUGGACUCCGCUCAACACAAGCAGCCAACGACACUGGAUGCUCACAACUUCGGGGUCCUUACCGGUGCAUUUUAAUAUGCUUACUGGGGAGCUGCUUGUCAAUGGUCUUCCACUCGCCCGUCUUCCUGCUGAGUAUAUGCGUCACAAGAUGUACGCACCACUGUUUCACAAGUCAGCCUUAGAAGUGGUACCAACGAACGAGAUCGGAUUUAAAUUCUCUGCCAAGACUACCUAUCACGGAUACAAGCUGCAUUUUGGUAUGAACAGCGACGACAUGCUUCUGUCUGCCAUCGGAGAUAGACUGAGACUUGAGAUGGUUCCAUCACGCCUUUUCCAGGAUCUACUACCUCAGUCUUUAGUGACAGAUGCCGUACACUGGUAUGAUUCACAAGCUGAAGAGGUCAUCUUCCGACCUUUACAUUCUCCAUGGUCGACCGAAGACGACCAUUCACGAUGGCGUCUUGUACGACGUGGAACAUUGUGGCGUUUAGUCAACAACGAGAAGAUGAUGAUCAACAUUCAUAGCCCUACGGCUCGUGUCGUAUCCAGUACUUUGGCACCACUCGAGAAGCCGCUGCACAUUCAUAUAAGCAUCGUUGAUUCGGGCAAGGCACCGCAAUCCUACAUUCAGAUCGAGCUCGUUCGUCUUCAGAUAUCCUUCGAGUUUCACGAAACCGAUGAUUGUGUACGCUCUCGCCAGUUUCGCGACAUGUUCAUUGACUCAGAUCAAACAAUGGGUGCCCUUGUGGGCAUGCGGAGUAAGCUGAUUCUAAGGUCCGUGGAUGGCCGGCGAAUGAUUCUCAUUCCGGAAGGAUUGUUCGAGUUCACAAGAACUUCCACGCAUCAUCCUGAAGUCAGCGUCUCAGCAGCUUCCGCAGCUCGAAUUCGUGCCUACAACAUCGACGAGACUCUUGGCCAGAUAACAGGUGACGGAAGUCUUCGCAGUCGCCUGAUUCUUUGCUAUCUACACGCGCUGACUUCUCACUGCCUACCCGAUACUCUCACUGGAUGUACGGGUACAGAGUCUGCAAUAUCUAUUCUCAAGUCAGCAGCAGUGAAAUCGUUCGACCUUCUUACACCAGAAGACGUAGAUCUCCUGGUCCGUGUUGCAGAUCUUUCGGCUGCGAGAUCUUACUAUCCCCAGCAUUUGAAGGUAAUGCAGAGUAUCAAGUGGAACACGAACCUGCCGUCACUGUCUCAAAAUGCCUCUUUGCGGUUCCUCGUAUCAAGCCUACUGCAUCGAGCUGCUAAGAUGCGGUUGUUCCACCCUGACAAGCCCGAGAUCUUCGAGAAGAUCAGCCAGGCUCAGCAGACCUUAAUGGCGUCUUCAGAUACCCGGUUGGAUAAGCGAUCCUCGAUUCGAACUGCCACAUAUCAGGUUGCCAGCUUUGGCGCCGAGCAAUUCACCUCUUCAGACGACUUAGCCUACGAUGCGCGUGAUAACCAAAGAACUUCCAAUAGAGCCAAUCGGGCUCAUGUAGCCGCCAAGAUGAUCUUACAGAAUCGAUUCGCUCUUCACAGUUCUAUCCAAGACCUCAAAGGCGGACUUCUCCGAGAGCAUUUUGCUGAUGCUACUGUCUCCGGAGUAAAUAGCUCUUUCAACCCUGGAAGCCUCCAGUACGAUUCAAAGUGGCUGGGGGCCGCGUCAGAGAGUAUCAAAAAGCAUUGGUGUACCCUACAGCGAGGUUUGGCCAGCACAGCUACUAGCAGCAAUCGUUACGACAUAAUAACAUGGCUCUGUACGAUGGCUUAUGCUGAAACAUCGGAUAUGGACACGAUACAGGCUCUGGCUGCAGCCUACAGGUUACCUGAGCUCUCGGCGGUACAGCCACCUGCUGCGCCGAGCUACGACCUGAACCAGGGACACGACUUCAACAAGAACGCGAUUUGGAUCACGGUGUCGAACAACACUAAGGACUUCACAGACUCUGAUGAGGCGAGUCUACCAAAACGGGAAUCAGAGACUGAACGCGAUCAUCACAAAAGGAUGAACGCUGAAUUUCAGAAGAACAAAACAAAGGCGAUUGAAGAAUUCGUCAAGAAUCUGAAGAAUCAGUGGCCAAGGCAGACUCCCAACGUGCCAUCUGCGGUCAAGUAUGCUACCUACCUCAACGUUUCAUCUGCAAUGACGACUAUUCGGAAUCAGUUUGAUCGUUGGUUCAACAACCGUCUGUUUAUGCAGUACCUCGACCAGUUAUCAGCGGUUAUGGCACGACAGACAGUAGCAUGUGUGCCGGCGGCACGCUAUGUUCUCACCUUGCCGCCAAAAAAGGAAAACCUCAAGGACACUGAUCGUCAUUUUGGUGUGCUGGAUGUAUUCGCUAUGACUCCGCCUCCAUUAUCUGGGUCCACAUUACUGAUACCUCCUCGCGAACCCAAAGUAACCAUCCCGAGGAAACAGAAACCUGAAAAGCACUCACAAGCGAAGGAGCGGCUUGAGGAACUUUGCCACAAGAACAUGCUACUAGCCAAGUCGAAAUGCGAGAGAGAUUACGUCGACAGUCUACGAUCAAGCUGUGUUGCCCUUGACAAGCACGUUAGCAGUAACAACACGCACGAUGAGUUGCUUCCCGAUGCUCAAUCGUUGCUGCAACAGUAUCUGCGCAGCUGCCAGGACUACCUCAAAACCUUCAGUUCCGCUUUGAACGGCCUUUUCAACAAGGAAGUCGCUCAUCUGAUGCAAUCUUCACCACGUAUCUGCGCAAGAUUUUGGCUCAGUCAGUUACACAGGGACCGAUUCGACACGCUGUCAGAGUCGUGGAAAGAGACCGUCAUUCAGUAUGCACUCGCCGUUACCAACUUGCAACGAGCUCAGAGGCUAUUCCGCUUGUCCGGCAAGUCGAUUGAUCUGAUUGAGGAACUUCGCCAUGAGGGGCAUUCGAACUGGGAUGUACACCAAUAUCCGGAGACCCUUCUCAUUGAGGCUGAGAGUGGCAUACUCGUCCGGAAAGAGCAAGAGUAUAUUGCCAGUCAGAUGCGAUCACCUAAGAAUGGGCAGAACACUGUCCUUCAGUUGCUAAUGGGUGGGGGCAAAUCUACAACCAUAUUGCCCAUCCUCAGUGCUUUUCUUGGUGACAAGAAGAAGCUUGUCCGGGUAGUCGUCGCAAAACCUCAGAGUAAUCAGAUGCUACAAAUGCUCAUCGCCAAGCUUGGGGGUCUCUUGAACCGAAAGAUCUACCAGAUGCCUUUCUCACGCAACCUCCGAUUAAGCGUCCAGGAUGCCCGCACUAUCCGCGAGAUUUACGAAGAGUGCAUCCGCGAGCGCGGUGUACUGUUGAUUCAACCAGAGCACAUCCUAUCCUUCAAACUGAUGGCAGUCGAAUGUGUCCUAAUCAACCAGUCGGAAACCGCUCGGUCACUGCUAGCAACCCAGAAAUGGUUUGACGAUGUGUCCUGUGAUUGCAUCGAUGAGAGUGACGAGAACUUCUCCGUCAAAUUCGAGCUCAUCUACACAAUGGGCUCCCAACAGUCGAUAGAGCUCGCUCCUGAGCGAUGGUUGAUCAUCCAGAAUCUUCUAGCGCUGAUUCCGACUGUGGCCAAACAGGUGAAGACGGACCUCCCGGAAACUGUGGACGUACAAGGAGAAGGAGAUGGGCGGUAUCCGAGGGUCAGAUUCCUACGGUCCGACGCUGCUGAUCAAAUCCUGCAUCUGCUUGCGUCUCGAGUGGUCGAUUCAGGCAUAGGAAGUCCUUCUCGCUCUCAAUCUCCCGCUAUGCAAGCAGCACUAUUGCGCUACAUCACAGUGCUGGAACUGAAAGCACACGAGGUUGAGGCAGUGGAACAAAGCAAAUUCUGGACUGAGACGACCAAACCAGCACUCCUUCUCCUACGUGGUCUUUUCGCCGGCGGGGUGCUACGCUUCAUCUACAGUCAGAAGCGCUAUCGUGUGAACUUUGGUUUGGACAAUUGCCGCACCCCGAGCACUCGCCUUGCUGUCCCAUACCGCAGUAAGGAUGCUCCUUCGCCUAGAAGCGAGUUCUCUCAUCCGGAUGUCGUCAUUAUUCUGACCCUUCUCGCGUUCUAUUAUACUGGUUUGAGCGAUGAUGCUCUCUUUGACACUCUCAUACAUGUACUAAAAUCUGAUCAAGCGGUCAUACACUACGACGAGUUUGUCAGUACCGCCUCUUCAGACCUCCCAAAACCUUUCAGGCAGCUCUCCGGACUCAGCAUACGCGACCGACACCAGUGCAUUACGGAAGUAUUUCCAAGCUUACGAUAUUCGAAGAAGGCCAUCGACUAUUACCUCUCGUAUCUAGUAUUUCCGAAAGAACUCAAGCAAUUCCCUUCCAAGCUCAGCGCAAGCGGCUGGGAUCUAGCAAUCUCGAAACCAUGCCCCAGCACUGGCUUCUCCGGUACCAAUGACACUCUGCACCUACUUCCACUCGGAAUUGAACACCUGGAUCUGCCUAGCCAGCACCACACGAACGCUCAAGUCUUAUCGUACCUGUUGAUGGACGAGACCUCAGUGGCCAACUUACCUGUGCGCACUGCUGGUAGUGAUGGAGAACAUCUCAUUGCUUUUAUUGAGCAGUUGGAUUUGGACAUCAGGGUCAUAUUGGAUUGCGGAGCCUCAAUUCUGGAACAGAAUAAUCGGCAAGUAGCGGAGACAUGGCUGAAGCUGCGACGCAACGACAUCGAGGCUGUGUUGUACUUCGAGGACGAGGAGCUGUCGGUACUCGAUCGCACUGGCAAGAUUGAAUCUUUCCAGACUUCUCCGUAUGCAAAAAUGCUGGAUUCUUGUGUUGUCUACUUGGACGAGAGUCAUACAAGGGGAACGGACAUAGCCGGAUUGCCACGACACUACCGAGCCGCGCUCACGUUGGGCAGUCAACUGACCAAAGAUCGCCUCACACAAGCUGCAAUGCGCCUAAGAAAGCUGGGAAAUGGCCAAUCGGUCUGCUUCGUCAUUCCUGAGGAGAUCCGGACAAAGAUAUACGAGCGGACUGACAAGCCAACCGGUACUCCGAUUGAGGUUCAAGACGUAUUGGCAUGGGCGAUCGGCGAGACCUGGUCUGAUCUGAAGAAGAGCCUACCGCUCUGGGCCGUUCAAGGCAACCGUUUCGAGAGUCACAAGCAUCUGUUACUGAGCGGCGCUAGCACGACAAGAGAUCAAGCGGAAGCCUUCCUCGAGGAUGAAGCUGCCAGUCUAGAGACCCGAUACAAGCCACGCGCGCACGACGAUGGUUCCGCACACCUUGGUAACUGGGACAUAUCUAACAAGAAUAUCGUCGACAUCGUAUCGCGUUGCCGCGAUUUUGAGGCUAUGGGCUUUUCUUCGGCUGCACUGAGUGAGGAACAGGAGCGUGAGCUUGCUCCAGAGAUUGAAGAGCAACGCCAAGUUGAGCGCCCUCCACGCUUGAAAGCGUAUGUUCAUACUGUUCAUGCAGACCUCAAGCACCUUGUCAACACUGGAAAAGUCGCCAUUGGUUCGAAAGCGUGGGGACCGGCCUUCCGAAAGCUUAAUACAACAAGCGCGGGUAGGCUCAUCGACUUGAGCAGUUUCUCGACCGAGUUGCUGGUUACGGCAGACUUCAUGCACACUGUUCAGAUACCGCCUGGGUCGACUCCAGCGUCCUUCAUCUCCGAUUCCUACCAACGACCAGUACAAUUUGUUCUGACUGUGCCCGAUUCUGGUAAUACGGGAGUCAUCAAGUACGCGAUGAUCAUCAGUCCCCAUGAAGCCAACCACUUGUUACCUCUAAUUUCCCAGUCGGGGAAGACUACGCUCCACAUCUUUGCGCCGCGCUCCAACGCUAGCUACCCGUCGAUCGACCAACUCAUGCUUUAUAACGUUGGCCGUAAGUUCUCAUCUGGCUCAGUCUCGCGCAGCUUGACAAUACAGCUGAAUCUUUUCGCUGGAAGUCUCUAUCUUCGCUCCAUCGUUGAGUAUCAAGAGCUAUGCGAUCAUCUUGGUCUAUUGAAAGGAAGGGCAGAAGAUGGCCAACAAGUCUAUGCUGAUGGCUUCAUCGACCCGCCAGCUGGUAUCUGGGGACUGAAACAGUCUCCUGUACCCUUUUUACGAGCUCUCCUCAUGAAGAUCCGCCGUGAGGGAGAGGGUGUGGAGAAGACACACAUGGGCAAGGUCUUGAGCGGGGUCAGACUAGAGGAGAGCGACUUUGGUGAGCAGGAGAAAUAA